AAAAAAAAAACCCAAACGAACAAAAUAAUUGUUUGGGUCCUCAAUUAUCUUCAAGUGUAAACCAAUCCAAUAAUCCAACCCUUACCCUUUCUCCCACAUUGUCUCUGUAUAUGGAAAUUAAUAAUCAAAUUCAGAUAUUUUUCCUCACUAACUUGCCAUCUUUGCUUGUGUUUCUGUGUUGUGCUGAGGAAAUCAGCAGAGCUGAAUUCCCAGAUGGGUUCUUGUUUGGAACUGCUACUUCUGCAUACCAGAUUGAAGGAGCAUUUUUGGAAGAUGGGAAGACUCUGAGCAACUGGGAUGUUUUCAGCCACAUUCCAGGAAAAAUUGAAAGAGGAGAGAACGGUGAUGUCGCUGUUGAUCAUUACCAUCGUUACUUGGAAGACAUUGAGCUAAUGCAUUCUCUCGGGGUGAAUGCCUACCGGUUUUCCAUUUCUUGGGCCAGGGUCUUACCUAGAGGAAGAUUUGGUUCGAUUAAUCCAGCAGGAGUUGAGUUUUAUAACAAAAUUAUAGAUUGUCUCUUGCUCAAGGGAAUCGAGCCAUUUGUUACCAUAAGCCAUCAUGACAUACCACAGGAACUCGAGCACGGAUAUGGGGGUUUCCUCAGUCCUUUAGUACAGGAUGAUUUUGUUCUUUUUGCCAAAACUUGUUUUGAGAAUUAUGGUGACCGGGUAAAGUACUGGACUACUUUCAAUGAGCCAAACAUAUAUGCAGACAUGGGGUACAUUAGGGGUGUUUAUCCUCCAGGUCAUUGUUUAGAACCUUACCACAACUGUUCUGCUGGAAAUUCCGAAAGGGAGCCCUUAUUGGUGGUGCACAACAUGUUAAUAUCACAUGCCAAGGCUGCUUAUAUUUAUCGUGAGCGUUAUCAGCUCAAGCAAGGUGGUAGUAUAGGGGUGGUUGUGCAUGCAUUCAUGUAUGAACCCAUAAGUGACCAAGAAUGUGACCGUGAAGCUGCAAGUAGGGCCUUGGCCUUCAAUAUUGCCUGGGUGUUGGAUCCCCUUCUAAAUGGAGAUUACCCUCCUGAGAUGUAUCGUUUGCUUGGGGAGAACAUGCCAAAGUUCUCACCUGAUGAACUGAAGAAAAUAAAAGGGAGUAUCGACUUCAUUGGCAUUAACCAUUAUUCAAGUCUAUAUGCUGAAAACUGCAGCUAUUCUCCUAGCAAGCUAGGGUGCCAGGCAAUCAAAGGCUUUGUUUACACGACUGGAGAAAGAGAUGGGGUUCCAAUUGGGGAGGAGACAGCAAUACCAAGGUUUUAUGUUGUUCCAAGCGGACUAGAGAAACUCAUUGAUUAUCUGAAGACAAGAUACAACAACAAGCCUAUAUUUGUCACUGAAAAUGGGCUAUCUCAAAUGGACCAACCUGAAGAAAGAAACAGAGUGUUAUUGAAUGAUACCAAAAGAGUUGAAUAUCACAAGGGCUAUCUUGCCUCCUUAGCUCAGGCAAUUCGGAAAGGAGCAGAUGUACGAGGCUAUUUUGUUUGGAGUUUGCUGGACAACUUUGAAUGGACUAAUGGUUACAGUAUAAGGUUUGGGCUUUACUAUGUUGACUACAAAACGCUCUGCCGGAUUCCCAAGUUUUCUUCAAAAUGGUAUACAAGUUUCCUCAGUUACAAUAGCCAAAGAAAUAGGAAUGGGAUCAUUAGAAGAUCUCCCAUGAACAGUGCUGUAAUUUCAUUGAAGGCUGGAAAGAUGGAAAUAUAAUAUGCUGUAAGACAUUCUACACAUGGUUUAGAAAUGCCAUACAUCUCCAUUCUGUAUAAAUUCUCCCUAAUUUAAGAAUUUUGUAAAAAACUUGCCAUAAUGAUCAAAGUGCAGAGAAAAUUUAUCCUGCUCA